AUGAACUGCAUUUGUUUUUAGCUGGUAGGAGCUCGCUUGGCUAUCGACAGCUGUCAUCAAUCUAGAAGAAUAACAUUUGUUCAUGAAUUGUGUAGCACUUUAAUAUAAUGCAUGUUUUAUAGACACGGCUACCGGUCAACUCCCGUUAUAUUCAGAACGACUAACGUUAGUUGGACAGGAUACAUAUUUAAUCUCUGGCUAGGCCAACAAAAUGCCAGUAAAUUCUCGAGAAAAGAACAAGGAUAGUAACCACGAAGAGAUGGAGGUGGACUACCCCGAGCAUGAAGGCAGCAGUUCGGACGAGGACGACUCGGAGAGCACGUCCGUGUCGGAGGAUGGAGACAGUUCAGAGAUGGAUGACGAAGACUGUGAGAGAAGGAGAAUGGAAUGUCUCGACGAGAUGACCAACUUGGAGAAACAGUUCACUGACCUGAAAGACCAUCUAUACAAGGAGCGCCUGAGCCAGGUGGAUGCCAAGCUGCAGGAGGUAAUGUCAGGGAAGGCCUCUGAGUAUCUCGACCCUCUGGCCAGCUUGCAGGAGAACAUGCAGAUCAGGACUAAGGUGGCAGGGAUUUACAAAGAGCUCUGUCAGGAGUCUGUGAAGAACAAGUAUGAGUGUGAGAUCCAAGCAGCCUGCCAGCACUGGGAGAGUGAGAAGCUGCUGCUCUUUGACACAGUUCAGAGUGAGCUUGAGGAGAAGAUCAGGCGCCUGGAAGAAGACAGGCACAGCAUAGACAUCACCUCAGAGCUCUGGAACGAUGAGCUGCAGUCUCGGAGGAGCAAGAAGAAGGAUCCCUUUAGUCCAGACAAGAAGAAGAAGCCUGUCGCAGUGUCUGGACCAUAUAUUGUCUAUAUGCUGCAGGACUUGGACAUCCUAGAGGACUGGACAGCCAUCAGAAAGGCAGUGGCAACUCUUGGUCCUCACAGAGGUAAAGAAGCCCCCACUAAUAAGAACGAGAAGCUCCAACACAGUGCCCGCUCUGAGGAGGGGCGGUUGUUCUACGAUGGAGAGUGGUAUGGACGUGGUCAGAACAUCUGCAUUGACAAAAAGGAUGAAUACCCAACCAGUGCCAUCAUCACUACCAUCAACCACGACGAGGUGUGGUUCAAGCGCCUGGAUGGCAGCAAAUCCAAGCUGUAUAUCUCCCAGCUGCAGAAAGGCAAAUACACUAUCAAGCACUCCUGAAACACGCCAGCAGUACACAGACACGCACUCCGGAACACUCCACGGAACUCUGCUAAAACCGACAGACACAUCAUAAAACCCACAUGUGAACCCCCUGAUGAAUCAGAAGGACAGGUUGAUGGGAGGCCCAGACCACAGCUCUCCUCCCUGGGAAGCACAUCUUCUCCUCUCCCCUGUCUGGAUCUUUGGGACCUGGAGGCACCGUGACCCUCUGGAGCUACCUGCUCACCACUGCCAGUUUGAUGUUUCCCGUGGAUUUUUCAAAGAGUGUGUUUACAGACAAUUUGUGUUUAUAAACUAUUUCUACUUUUUAUGUCAUUUUCUUAAUGCCUACAGGAUGGCUUUUUUCCAACAUUAUGGUGUCUACUCUUGUCUACUCUCUCCUAUAUGAGCUUUAUUGACAUGUUGCAUUUGUGCUAUCACCAGUCCUUGUAGACUGAUGCUGGACAGUUGAGAUAUGAAUCGUUACAUAGAAAAAUACUAUGACAGAGCCAUACAUGUAUGCCAUUUAUAUGGCACUGGCAACCUAAACAAGCUCCACAGGUUGGCCUUAACAGUGUUGGGAUAGUGUGUGAGACAGAAGAAGCAGAACCACUAUCUCUCAGUAUCAGGCUGGUUUAUUACAGUUUGUGUGACAGUGUGACAGUCUAAAGAGCCCAGCUGUAUUACAGUUACAGGUUCUGUUUUCAAUUAACAUGAUAGUCCUCAUCUUCCAAUGCAGUAUUCAUACCAUCAAAAAUGUCCUCUGUUCACUUUCCUGCCUCCCUUUCCCGGUGUAAAAACUUUCUAACCAGGUGUUCGACAUGGUUUCAUCGUCUUGCUGCCCAAACCUGUUUAACUUGCUCAGAAUAUCUAUGCUUAAUGUCAGCAUUCCCUCACAUCUUAUUUCAGAAGCGCAAUGAGGAGAAAACUUUUACCCAAUCUCCAAUGUUGUAUGAAAUACCUACAGAGUUUUUGAUGUCAGUGUUGAUGUAGGGGGAAAUGAAAAACAAUUACUUUGUAAAUUUGAAUCAAGUACGGUUUUGUCACAAACUAUUUUUUUAAACGUAAUAAAUGUUACGUCUUUUAAUAAACGU